UCAAGAUCAAGAUCAAGAUCAUUCGCGGCCCGAACACCAACAACAACAACACUACACACCAUCACCACACCACCACUACUGGUACCAUGGCGUCAGCAGCCCAACCAGUAGAGCAGAAGGCGGUGGCCAACAAGCCUCGAGUGUGUGAGGAGUGCGGGGAGGAGGCCAAGUACACAUGUCCGGGGUGUGGGCGCAGGACGUGCUCCUUGGGGUGCGUGAGGGAGCACAAGGCGGCCAGCGGGUGCUCUGGGCUGCGGGACAGAACCAAGCUGGUCCAAGAGGACAUGAACAACCUCACCCUGCUCAGUGACUACAGACUUCUUGAGGAAAUUGACAACCGGCUGGAGGACAACCUAAGGAACCGUAUGUUGCGCAGUGCAAAGAAACCCCCUGAUGACCGAUUGUCAGUGCCACCACACCUGCAACAACUGAGAAUUCAGGCAGCACAGCGUGGCACUACACUCAAGUUCAUUCCCAGCUUCUUCUCAAAUCACAGAGAGAACACCACUCGCUAUCACUUCAAGGAGGGAGUUAUAAGGUGGCACAUCAAGUGGGUCUUUCACCAGGCAGAUGUUGUACUCAUUGACUGCAGUGUGGAUGAAAACACCCUCAUCUGUACACUUCUGGCCAAGUACAUGAACCCAACUAAGAAUGAACUAAGUGCUGAAGACAAUGAAAAACUUGCCUACUACCACUCAGCCUCCUACAGCCGAGUGAGUGUGUUGAUGAAGACAAACACUCCUGACUCCGGAGUGGUCUUCCAUGAGAUUGAGCCUCUUAAGACUCUUCGUGUUAAUUUUGCAAAUAAGGUGAUCUUAGAGUAUCCAGUGUUGUAUGUUGUGUUGAAGGACCAUCUCUGCUCCUACCUGGACUACCAUGGUGAAGAUGAAGGCCAUGAUGACCUGUUCUCAGUAAUUGAAGAGAAGGAAGAACAAGGGAAGAAUGUUCUGAACUUCUUUGAUGGAGAUUGUGAUGUGGAGCCUGAGUGAAUCUUGAGUCACCAACAAUAAAAGUAAAUUAUGAAAA